UAAACGCGCUGCACUUAGUUACCAAAACAAAUUGUCCACAUUGAUGAAGGUUGUUAAUUAUGUUUUAUACUUAACACUGUGGUAAAGUUUUGGUGUUCAUGUUUACAUUAGAUGUGAUGUUGUGGUUUUACCGCUCUGUACUCUAGUGGUCUGGUGUAAUAUAAUGCAAAGUAACGCCAGAAAGCCAGAUCCAGUGAGACCACGUCUAAGCAGUGGCAGUUCUGGUGGUGAAAGAAAACAAGUGCGCAAAGUUCACACAAGAAAGGUCCCGUACAGAGUUGGAUACAGCUGGAACAAAGGUGGAAGACUCAAGGAGCUGAGAAUAAGGCACUUGGCAAGAAAGUUCCUGAAGAUAUGGAUGCAGAACACCUUUGGCCGAAUUCUUCCUCAUAAAGCCAAGUCCCACUACAACACCGUGGUCUUGAGACAAGCUUUUGCAGGAUGGAGAGACGAGUGGUGGACGUCCAGGAGGGAGUGGAGUCUCACAAUGCGGGCGGAGUGUCACUACAGGUAUUAUCUGUAUAACUUGGUAUUCCAUAGCUGGCGAACAUUUAUGUCACUGCAGAGGGAAAAGAAGCGCAAAGUCCAAACUGCACAAUCAUUUGCUGACGGGCAUCGGAUGCGUCUGGUUUGGGAACGAUGGGAGGUUUUCACAGAAAUGAGGCGGAUGAAGAAUAGAAUGCUUGAAUCUACCCUUGAGCAGAACAGACUUGCUACCCUACAUUCAGCGUGGAGAUCAUGGCGGACUCGGCUGCAGCAGCAUCAAGACCUUCACACUUUAGAGGAUCAAGCCCUGAAACAGAGGGCGCUCACUAUACAGAGCAGAACUUGGUUUCAGUGGAAAGAAAUGCACACAACUGCCUGUUGCCAGAAAGAGAAAGAAUCCAAAGCUGCGCUUCACUUCAUCCUCAGACUGAAAAGAAAAUCAUUGCAUCGUUGGAAAAGUUAUGUGUCUUCCCUCCAAACCAAGAAAAAGUCACAAGCUGUGGCGCAGCGAGCCUGCGAUCUCCGCCUGGUGAUGAUGUGUUGGAGUCAAUGGAGCAGUGCUUUGCAUCGUAAACGGUGCGAGGAAGACCGGUUGCAAGCUGCAGGGCAUUUGGCCAUAAGGAUCACCCAGCGCAGAGCACUGGAGCGCUGGAAAGCUUAUGUGACGUUGUGCAGAGAAGAAGCUGAAAGAAACAGGAUUGCAAGUCAGAGUCAUCAUCGUCAUCUGCUGCGUGCUGGAGUGCAGGGACUUUCUCUUAACGUCAUCAGGAACAAAACACACCGACUGAACAACAACAUGGCUGUCCAACAUUAUCAUCAAACCAUGACGUGUAACUAUUGGAAGCUGUGGCAGGACCGCUUGGAGGAGGCUGAAGACGAGAGUUUUCAACCCCUGAAAGAAAUGGCACUGACGAACCACAGCACAUCUCUGUUGAGCAGAUGUUUUCACCACUGGAGAGAUAAACUCGCUGAACAGCGACACAUGCAGGAACUGGAGCAUCGUGCAGACGUUUGGUUCGCUGAAGGCAUGGUGCCUCGGUGUUUCAACUUGUGGGUUGAGUUUACUUUACAGAGAAGACUCCAUAAACAGAGGAGACACAAGGCAGACGUCUUUAACCAGCAGCGCCAGUACACUUUGGUGUUUUACACCUGGUGGGGACAAUCAGAGAAACACAAGGAGCAGAUGCUCUCUGAGCGGAUGGCAAUUCUGCACGAGGAGCGCUGCCACUUGCAGAGAGCCUGGACUCGCUGGAGGCAACGGACAGUGCAGCAAAUUGACGCAGAGGAGAAACGGGAGGCUUCAGGCCGUCUGUACCUUCACAGACUUCUCCACAAGUCGCUGACACAGUGGAAGGACAACAGCGCUGAGAUAAGAGACAGGAGAAAUCGAGAGCUGCAGGCUUGUCAUCAGGGUGACCUGCGCUGCACGAGAUUGGCUGUGGAUACAUGGAAAAGGUUUGUUCAGUGCCAGAGAGUGAAGAAAAGCAAACUGAAACAGAUGCAGCGUUACCAUGAAGUUAAACUCCUCAAACACACGUUUGUGGCCUGGAAGAAACACCACCUACAGAUGUGUCAGAUCUACCGUCACGUAGAGGAACAUUACUGGCAGCAUCAACAGAUAUUUCUCAGGAAGGUCCUGUGUGUUUGGAGGGAGAACGCAGUGCUGCGGACAGAAGUCAGGCUCACAGAGCAGCGAGCACAGAAUCACUUUCAGCACCGCCUUCGACUUAAGGUGUUUGUUGCUUGGAGAGAAGCAACAGCAUGUGCAGCUUCAAAGCGACACCAGCAGGGGGAAGCAGUCAACAAGGCUCUGAGGUCCAUAAAUCAAGUGCGGCUCCUGCGGUCUUUCAAACAAUGGAGGAAGCAGACCAGGGUGGCUCGGAGAGAGAGGAUGUGCAUGGAAAAAGCCAGGCAGCACCACGACUCCACGCUCCUUUCCAAAGCACUGAAAGCCUGGAAAAACCAUCACAACCAAUUACAGAAAAACAAGGUAAUGAAACGACAGGGAAUCCUUUUGCUGAGAUUAAAGAUGUACCAGAUGUACUUUGACCAGUGGAAAAUGAAGCUGCAGCACAGACGGAGAGGAGCGAAGCAGACGGAGCGAGCGCUCUGGCACUGGUCCCUCACUCUUCAGGCCAAGGUGUUGUGUGGAUGGAGGCUGCAGGUCACAGAGCAGCGCAGGAAACAAGAGCAGGCGGCCAGAGCUGCUCUGGUCUACAGAGACCAGCUGCUGAGGGAGGGCGUGACGUGCAUCCUCACAUAUGCUGCUCACAUGAACGAUCUCACAACGAGUCUAACGCAGCACAGCCCAGAGCAGAGGUCACGACAUCUCCACAGAGUGGUGAAGCGUUGUGCGAUGCGGUGGAAGCAGCGGGCGCUGUGUAAACCACGGAGAGAGCAAGAGGUCAAAGGGCAAUCGCCCAAGAAGAGCGUGACCUUCUGUUUGACUACAUGUGGAUUGAAGAGUGUAUCCCCUUCUGACUCGGAGGAGCAGGAAGCUGAAGAUGGAGUCCUUAGCAAGCGACAACUCAGCCGUGCGCCUCGACGUCAGCCACGACGCUGCGAGGAACUGUUUGAGUCUCCACUGAAAAUAUACACCCAAAAUCAGGCUGCCAUCACCAAAGCUGAAGCAGCUCCAAAACCCUCGCAGCUCAGUCGUCCUUCACAGGAAGGCCGUCGUACAGCGUCGUCCUGCCUCCAUCCUCCAUCCACACGUCAGAGUAUCAUCGUAUCUAACGUGUCGCCCUCUGAACCGAACAUGUCCACUGUGGACUCAACUCAGGAAACCCAAAACCAAGACGUUCUUUUACCCCCUUCUGCUUUCAUGACCACUGUGACCAAAGAUAUGUCGGAUCCAACUUUAGCGCUGACUGGAGAACUGCUCAGUGUUCAGCUGGACAUGGUGACAUACCAACAGGACAGGAAGCAGCUCCGGGCAUGGCAAAGAUUAAAAGAGGUAUUACAAAGCUGGCUGCAAACCAGUGGAAAGGAAGAACAAAUGGAAAAAGAUGCUGUCUGUGAGGAGUUGAAGGAGUUGGAGGAGCGCAUCAACAGUCUGUCCGCUGAACUGGCAAAACGGAAACCAACAAUGCUGCUACAUGCAAAGAGGAUCCAGCAUUUACAGACUGCCCUCCAGGCUUCAGGAGCUGUUUUCCUCCAUCACAAAUCAGAAAAGACGGAAAGAGAUCGCUCUGUGUUUACAUUAUCUGCUUAGAUCACAUUUC